GCUCUCCCCGGUUCACCACUCAAACCAGAGGGAGCCGCGGCGUCGAAAGAAACUCGGUAAUCUAGGCUGCGGACAGCCAAACAUCGCCUUUUCUCUAUGGCCAGCUUUCAUCCUAUCAUAUGCUAAAACGUCUACGGUUGAAGCUGCGGAAGGGCGGAAGUUCCUGCGGGGAAGAACCGUCCGGCGAGCCCCGCGAUCUUGGGAAGCUGAGUUCCCCCCUCGAGAACCGCCCCCUCCCACCGCCCUUCUUCCCCGCUGCCCGCGUAUGGUCCCGCCGCGUAGCAUCCUCUCGGCGCUCAGAGCCCGGGGGGCUUCCUGCUUGCCAUGGCGAGCGGCAGCAGCCUGGCGGCGGUAGCUGGCCUCGCAAAAGCUCCUGCCGCUGGAGGCCCCUUCGCGCCCGCCGGCCGCCUGUCGGCCGCCUGCUCCUGGGAGUGCCGGGCGGACCUGGCGGGAGUCCUGCGCCUCGUCCUGGAGGGGGAAGCCGACGCCUGCGAGCCCCUGGGACCCCCGCUGAACGGUGAGAAUGUUGUGGUUCUUGAAGGACGAUUACACAAUGACAACGUCGCUCCAUGCUUACUGUACUUGCACUGUGACCCCCACGGUUCAGAAGAAAUUACUGGUCUUGGCAUUGUCAGUGAGGCCCGGAACAUGGAAGUCUACGUUGGUGACGAGUACUGUGGAACUGGCAGAGGAGCGAAAGUCUUUACUGGCCAACAUAGCAGCAAAAAUGACCAGGUUUCAUUAUACCGAAAGUCACUUAAAUUGGAGUGCUCCGCAGCCUCUUGUAAGAUUAAGCUGCUGUCCAUCCCUGAAAAACAAAGGGUCCUCAUCAGUAAAAUCAUAGUGCAAGUCAAGCCAGUCUGUGUGAACCCUGUGCCAGACAUUGCUGCGCUAGGAUCAGGAAUAGACUUGGGCAAAGUGCAAACAAUAGUGGAAUCUAUGGGAUCCAAAUUAUCACCUGGGGCUCAGCAACUCCUGGAUAUGGUUGUAUUUCAACAGAAGAAUGGUCUUCCAUUUGGAGGCAAGUUACAAAAUGUCUUUGGGAAAAACGGAUUUGGGUUUGAAAACAAUCAUACCAUUGAUGGAUUGAAAAAGGUAGUUGAUAUUGGAAGAUUAGACCACUUGCCCAAUGGGCCAUCUCUUCCAAGAGCUCACGCAGCAGCUGGAAUGGCUAUAGAAGAAUUAAAGAGGCAUGCCGAUAUGAACAAACAGAUUCCUAAUGCAGAAAAUGUAUGUGAGACUCCAGGACUUCAGGCUCCACAGCCCAGCGCUGUACUUUCUCAGAAUGACUUCAAAGGUUUAAUCUCAUCCUUUUUGCAAGAGCAAGGAAGUGAAAACCCAAACGCACACAACUCCAUGCUGCUGCUUCCACUCCUUCAAACGGCAUGCGGUCAAGUAAAUCGGUUACGAGUAGAUGAAAGGAAUAAGCACUGUGAGAACAGAUCCGCAUCUGAGGAGGAUGGGAUUCAGACUUUUGGCUUGGAACAGCAGCCUGUUUUUCUGCACAUGGAAAAGGUCAUCGCCAGAAACAUGGAACUGAUGGAGAAGAGAUUGAUGGACCACAUUGAUCUGCGUAUGCAGAAACUUCAGGAACAUCUAGAUCAUAAAGUUGCUGCGCUGUUUGAUUUGGUUCAGAAUUCCAAUAAUGUUUCAAAAGAACAUGAUUCUGAAGAAUGCUCAGAUGGGAAGAGGUAAGCAGUCUUUGGGACAUGGGAGGCUUCAAUGUAAGUGUUUUCCAAGGGCAACUAUUUAUUUUGCAAGCUUUUCAAAACUAUGUGUAUAAGCUUGUAAAUACUUGAGACCUCAGUAUUUGUACUUGUUACUGUAAUUUCCCCAAGUAUUGUACACUAAUGUUAGUGUUUGUAUAUCUGUAACUUGCAAAAAACAACAACCCAAUAUUUUUUUCCGUUCAGAGAUCUUUUCUAUAUUUCCUUAGGACUUAUUUCUUCAUAAACAUUUCAAAAAAGUAACUGUUUUUGGGUGUUUGCCCCUCUUUCAUUGAACUAAAGAAAAGUUCUCCAAAUAAAGUAGUUUGCAGGUUUAA